AUGAGAUAUCACCAUCCACGAUACCCAGAUAGGUUCCAAAAUAGUGGUUUAGACUCAGAUGAAUUUACAAAACCAUCUGAUGUUGUGAACGACGUUCCGUCGGAAACAUUUAAGUCUGGCUUAUUUGAUCCGAGUUUCAAUGAACCGAGUUUCAAUUUAAAAUACCAAGACAGAGAAGACUCUUCUGAAAAUUCAAUGGGAAUUCGUGAGUAUUGUGAAAAAAAUACAGAUUUUAAGGAUACAAGAAGUGAAGGAUAUGAAAAAAAUGAAGAAUAUAACGAUUAUUAUGACAAUGGACGUGAAAGUCUAGAUGGAUUGGAAAGUUUAAAGAAACUUAAAGCUUAUUUAUGUAAAUCUAUAAUAAAUAAGCCCAAAGAAUCAAAUAUUGAUUUUAUAAAAGGAAAAGAUAAACUAAACAUCAAUAACGAAGAAGAAAAUACUGAGUUUAAUUACUUCCCAAAAAUAAACAGUGAGAGCAACUUGAAUAAAUUGAAAACGAAUAACGUUAAUGAAAAAAAUAUGAAGACUUCGCAAACAGAUCGAAACGAUUCUACUGAUGUGAAUCUUAAUAGAAAUCCAAAAUUUAGUAUCGUUUCUGAAGGUUUUGAACAAUCAAAAGAAGUUAAAAAUAAUAUACCGACACAAACGCCUCAUAAUGCACCGAGUGUUUUAUCUGACCAAAUAUUUAACAGUUAUGGUAACAAUCAACCCUCACCGUUGCCCCUAAGUUACCCAACGUAUUUGUCCAAUCUUUUUAGACCAAAUGGUAGUCCAGUAACUAAUAUUCCACCCAUAGUAAAUACACUUAAUAAUGGUACACAGUACAACAAUCAACCUUUUUUAACUCCAAAUGUAACACCAAUUUUUUAUAAUCAGCUACCUGGAACCUUUGUCACAAAUGAUAAUAUUGUACCCAUUCCUAACAUAGCAUUGCGGAAUCUGGACAGUGGCAUAACUAAUGGUUAUACUUUAGUAGCCAUUCCCAAUAACGGGUACACUGGUACUAAUGGCCUGGGUUUUAUUGAUAGCGCAUUAAAUCAAAAUUCAUAUUCAGAACAACAGCCUUACAACGGGGUUCAAUUAAAUAAUGGACAAAAUGCUUUAGUUCCGUCUAACUACGUUCAGAUGGUUGUAAGUAAUAAUAAGCAAAGUUCUGUACAAGAUGAUAGCCAAACUUUAAUACCUAGUUACGAUCAAAUAACUGUAACGAGUACCGAUAAAAAUAUACCUCUGACACAAGACAAUAGUAAAAUUUUUGUAUCUAAUAAUACAAAACAAAUAUCGCUAAACGACGCUGAUGGUCAAGACUUAUCACCAAAUGAUUUUGAAGAGGUUAAUCAGAAAAUAUUAAGUAUUAUCUUUGGUAAUGAACAAAUCCAAAAUGCUGAAAGCGUGCAGAAAGAGGACCAGCCGUUUGAGAAUCAAGGAGCUUCAGUGUCAUCUUCGAAUGGUGAUAAUAACUCAUAA